GAAGAAAUUCAGCGUGGACAUAUAUAUGAUGCACCUGGUACUGCUGCUGACAGCGCAGUAUCGAUACACGUCGGUGAAGCUCACAAUGUUAUUCCAGGAUCCUCAGAACAGCAGCGACGCAUUUCCAAAAAGACGAUAUCCUAUUUCAAAUCAGUGGGUACAGAGAGAGUUAAGAGCGUUAUGUCGUCAUCAAAACAGUGUUUUGCGUAUAUCAGUUAUGUUAAGGAAACUCUUGUCCGUGAAUUUCAGUCUGCUUUAUAUCAACAACAUUUUUCGAUUCUGCUUUAUAGGUAUUCUGAUGACUGCAAUACCAUAUCUGACUUUCAUGGAAGGAAUUUCGAUUUUUUUGUUCGCAAUUGGUUCAAUGACACAAUUUUUUCUAUUGUGUUUUUCGGUACAAACAUUAUCAGACGCGAGUACGAAAAUAACGGAUACGGCGUUUGAUGAAGGCUGGUAUCAAUUUGAACCAUUGAUAAAACGCACAUUUCUGUUGCUUAUUAUGGCUAAUAAUCUAGAGUGUAAAAUUGCAGCAGUUGACAAGUUCAAUCUGUCUUUGCCCUCAUUUAUGACGAUCAUGAAUCAAUCAUAUUCAAUUGCUCUUUUGUUUUUAAGAGCAAAAUAAAUUGGAAAUGUUGCAAG